AGUAGUAUUUAUAAAAAAAAAUCCCAAAGAAAUAGAAAUUGGAAAUCCCCUUUCAUAAAUAUUUGCAAACGACUUCAAAAAUUAUGAAGAAACUGGUGAUUUCUUUUUACACAUUGUUCGGGUAAUUUCACAGACGACGAAGUGACGCAGGUCAGAAAACAUCUUCCCCAUUUACCUUGAUUUUGCCGCUGUUUCAACGCCGAUAUAUCGCAGAGACAUAACGAGCGCGUGCGCGUUUAUUUUUUGGCGUAAAAUCGCUUCAGCGAUUUGUGGCGUUUUUGUGUAAGCAAUAUCGUCGACGUUGCUCAAGACACCAUGGCGUGUCUCAACACAUUGAAAUUGGAAAUAAAAACCUUGGAGAAAAUCUUUACCAAGAAUCAUGAACGCUUUCAAAUUCUUAACUCGAGUGUGGACGAGCUGACUUGCCGUUUCAUUGGAAAAAGCGGAAAACGUUAUGACAUUCAUGCAAAUAUAACGGAAACGUAUCCAUCAUCACCCCCAGUUUGGUUUGCCGAAAGUGAAGAGACAAGCGUAACAAAUGCUGUUCAGAUACUAAGCAAUACAAAUGGUCGUGAUAACCAUGUUAUAAAUCAGGUUGGCAUAUUAUUGCGAGAGUUAUGCCGCCUACACAAUGUUCCACUGCCGCCCGAUAUAGACAACCUCACAAUACCGUUUCAGUUGCCACCACCUACUAGUUCAUCAUCUUUGAAUCAACAGCCUGCAGCUCAGCAUCAAAUCGAAGAUAUCGAAUCAGACCAAGACGAUAUCGAAGAUCCCAUAGGGGAUAGUGAACAAGAAAGCGAAGCAGAUGAAGAUCUACCCUUAGAAAUGGACGAUGGCCGCAGUACGAAUAAGGUAAGUGGAAUGUUUGUUGUUGGCCCAAUAGAAAGUUUAAAUUUUUUUUAUUUUCUACAGAAGGAUGAAAUGGAAGUUGAACAUUUAGCAACAUUGGAAAGACUGCGUCAAAGUCAACGACAAGACUAUCUAAAGGGUUCAGUUUCGGGUUCCGUUCAAGCAACCGAUCGUUUAAUGAAAGAAUUACGUGAUAUAUAUCGUUCAGAUUCGUUUAAGAGCAAUAUGUACUCCAUAGAAUUAGUAAAUGACUCCAUAUACGAAUGGAAUAUACGCCUUAAGUCCGUUGAUCCAGACAGCCCACUACACAACGAUUUGAUUAUGCUCAAAGAAAAAGAAGGCAAAGAUAGUAUUCUUUUAAAUAUUAUAUUCAAAGAAACCUAUCCCUUUGAACCACCAUUCGUUCGCGUUGUACAUCCCAUAAUAUCAGGUGGUUAUGUCUUAGUGGGAGGGGCCAUUUGCAUGGAAUUACUUACCAAACAAGGCUGGAGUUCCGCAUACACAGUGGAAGCGGUUAUAAUGCAAAUUGCAGCAACAUUAGUUAAGGGCAAAGCCAGAAUACAAUUCGGCGCAACUAAGGCCUUAUCACAGGGUCAGUACAGUUUGGCGAGAGCGCAGCAGAGUUUUAAAUCCCUUGUUCAGAUACAUGAGAAGAAUGGUUGGUUUACACCCCCCAAAGAGGAUGGCUAAGAUAAGAUUAGAAGUUACAAAGUUCUUAUGUUCCAGCAGACACCCACCACCACCACCACCACCAGCUCCACCACCAAUAUCCCAUAAAAACACAUUACCAUAAUAGUCUCUAUCAAGCUGCUUAGAAGUUUUUAUGUUGUGUCUCUUUGGUGUAGCCGCCAAAAACCUACUGCUCCUUCUACUUCUAAUCCCCAUUAUCACCAAUUUCAUCAUUUGCCCCCGACGGAUGAAUGGUUCUUGUGAUGUGUAUUCCCGUCUCUUUUGUGUAAUUAUAAUACUUUCCAAUGUAAUAGCGUACUCUAGGACUCUUUUAUCUUUAUGUACAUCAAGAAGAUGUUGUUGUCUCUGCAAACAACAUUGUCCUUUCUGACUCUGAACACAGCAUCCAUGAGAUCAGCCAGCCACCACAGCAGAAACAUUGAAAUCUUCAGCAACAUCAAGGAAUUAUGUUCCUCUUCUAGUGCUCCGCUUUAUAAAUAUCAAUCCAAACAACCAAUCAUACAAAAUACUAUCUACUUCUAUAUUCUAUUGCAACGUAGUAGUUUGUAGUUUCUGUAAUAAUUUUUGUCAUAGGAUAUUCUCUCCUUUUUUAAAUUUAAAUAUUGAUAAAUAUUUGUAUCUGUACUGUACUGUAUCGUCGUUUAUUUUUCUUUUUUUCUGUUCCUUUUACCAGCGGGAAGCGUUUAUGAAAUCACUUUAAUCUUCCUACCAGCUCUUAGUUUUUAUUUCACGUUUUUUUAAUUUUAAUCUUUUUUUUUGGUUUAAAAAACAUUGAAAAAUUUAUAAAUAUACAUAUAAAAUAAUAAUAAAAUUACUUAAAUUAUAGCAUUAAACAAAUAUAACAAAACAUGAAUUAAAAUACAAAAAAAAAAAACAUAAAUAGUUCUAUUUUAUUUGUGUUUUGCAAAACAGAAGAAAAUGAAACACAAAACUGAUGUUUGAUGGAGUCGUCGAGAAGAUGAAAGAUAAAAAAGAAUAUCUGUAAUUUUUAAGUUUUACAUAUACAACAAA